GUAUUCCAACAUGAUUGCAGGCACCUUCGGAGGGGAGGAGUUACUGUAGACACAAGCUGAAGCAAGACGCCUGGCAAACCAAAGUUCAAGAUCCCAUGUGCUUGAUGAUCUCCAUGGCGACUUGAGUACUUGAGGCAGAAUUAUGAGCUGCAUCAUCUCCCCCUGUUGUCCAUCGACAUAAAAUGCAGUGUUCUGGAACAUGAGAAAGGCAAUACAUUUCCUCCAGUUCUUUGUAAGCUGAUAUGAAGUAGACAGACACCUUCUGAAGUUUUGUGCAUGCUGUGCUCUUUUUUUCUUUGCUGCAACAAGAAAAGCCUUUUCUUUUAACCUGGCUUCCUUUGAAGAAGUAACUCAGGAAGCUUCAUGGCCUCUCAAGAACCUCAGGUACAAACCAACCCAACAUUUAGGGAUUACCUCCCUGGUUCUUCUGACUUUUCAGAACAGAAUAAGCCCAUUGAACCAACAAGUCUCUGGAAGCAACUAUCACACGCUCAUAACUUGCCACCUGGUCUGGAGCACCUGAACCAGCUGGACCAGAUAAUUAUUCAUCAGCAAGUGGACCUUCUUGAAGCUAUACUUGGCACAAAGACUUCCAGCAAAUAUGAGAUAAAAAACCAGCUGGGACAAAGAGUUUACUUUGCAGUAGAAGAAAAUGAUUGCUUUGAUCGUAACUUGUGUUCGCCUAUAAGGUCUUUCACCAUACGGAUUGCUGAUAACGCCGGCCGAGAAGUGAUUACAGUGAACAGACCCUUGAGAUGCAACAGCUGCUGGUUCCCCUGCUUCCUGCAAGAGUUAGAAGUUCAGUCUCCACCAGGUACAAUAGCUGGCUAUGUUGUACAGAACUGGGACCCUUUCCUGCCAAAGUUCACUAUACAGAAUGAAAGUAAAGAAGAUGUACUAAAAAUAAUCGGCCCAUAUGCAACUUGUGGCUGUUUUGAAGAUGUUGACUUUGAGGUAAAAGCUCUCAACGAGACGUCAACAAUUGGCAAAAUUUCCAAGUACUGGUCUGGAUUUGUAAACAAUGUCUUCACCAACACUGCCAACUUUGGGAUCCAGUUCCCUGUAGAUCUUGAUGUGAGAAUCAAGGCAGUAAUGAUUGGUGCUUGUUUCCUCAUUGACUUAAUGUUCUUUGAAAACUCUUUGGAUGGAUUAUAACAAGAUGACAGAUACAAUAAAAUAUGCAUAAUGUGUUUCAAAAUCCCUUGAGCUUUGGACAUGAUUUUGAACUGCACAAAUCCUUGUUCCUUAUAGGAAAAGAUAGGGAGCUAAUGAUGAUAUUUAUUAAAAUAUGUCUCACGUAAAUAAUAAUUUGGCACUUACAUUUUAUAUGCAUUGUAGCUAAACACACACUUCUCACACAGAGCACUGUUGCUUUGGAACAGUGCUAUUCUCUUCUUUCUCUUUUGAUGUUCCUGCAUGGGAAAUCAUGAAAGAUUAGAUGAAGGCUUGCAGCAUCACUGAUGAAAGUCUAUGUUUAGAGAAGCCUUUGAUGUUUUGCAAGUGCUGGUACCAGUUACUAACCACAUGAGGGUGUGUACUGGGGGUUUUGCUUUUUCAUAAUUUUAGAAGUAAUUCUCUGAUUUGUUAUUUAAUUAAUGGCAACAAACUGACAUUGAAAGCAACAAAUAUAAAGACAUUACCAAAUGGGAAGUUCAAGAUGUUAUCUGUUUGAGUGAGUUGAAAGAAGGGAAGUUACGUUUUCUAGUAAAUUAAUUUUACGGUAAAGAUUUGUUUAAUGAGUGGCAGCCAGAAGUUAGGCUUCCAGCGCUAGGCUGGGGAAUGUAAGCUCUGUUCAGGAGAUCUGCCUUCCACAAUUUUUACUGAAGGCAGGCCAUCAGGUUUGAGAGAUGGUCCUCUAUGUGCUAGAGGUGCCCAAAUCACUUCACUUUGAACUCUCCAGUGCUAAGAAUCCUUACUGCCAUCCACUCAAGGCUUCCCUUAACAGGUUCGUUCCUCUUUAUAAUACCUGGUGGUUGAUCACUUCUCAUUCAGACUUGUCUGAGGCCACCCUAGAACAGAAUUAGUCUUUUCCUCUGGCAAGUGCAGGUAUUUUCUAUGACAGGACUGUGCAACAGGAGCUGUUUCUAUUUCAGACAGCAGUUUUACAUGGCUGUUCAUUCCUGCAGUCACACCUCAUCCUACUAUUCCCAGACCUUCCCACCACCAGGCUUUUACUAAUACAAGCUGCCUUUGUAGGAACUUCCAUGCUAUACAUACAAGACAUAAACAGAAAAAAAUUGUUGCGAAAUAUUUGCUGUAUGAACUUGCUUGUGCCUCUCUUAAAAACUCUAAUGGGUCCUCCAAGACGUAAACCAGUACUAUACAAUAGUGGUGGUAAAAACAGAUGCUAUCAUAGUCGACGGUCAAGUUCCCAAGGAAAACAACUCACGAAUUGCUGGGAAUGCUGAAAUAUUUUUUUAGCAUGAACUAGUAAUUCAAUUCUUGCAAACAACCAACACAUCAACGGAAAGGAGAGGAGAUAAUGAAUAAUUCAUUAAAAUGAAAAAGAGCUAAAUUUAUCAGGUGAUUAAUUCUCAACAAAUAUUUAGACUAAUUUUAAAUUAAUGUUCAUGGAUAUGAAUUCAAACACGGUGAAGUCAGGAAGUCGCAACUAAUGUUCCCAUAGUGAAAUUAACUCAGGAAUGCUUAUAGAUUUAAACAGUAUGUUUUAGAUUAUAUACCACACUUAGGUAUUUAUACAGAUUUACAUAUGUCUUGAAAAUAAUUGCGGUUAACAAGCUCUGACAAUCAUCAUUAUCUGUUAACCCUUUCAUUGCUGGCUCUCGCUGUGAUUCUUAGCAGUGCAAUCAGACCGCAAUCUGCAGAAGUUACGCACCCAGAGGGAACGGCUGCUGUCACCCUUCCCUCUCACAGGAGAAGCACCCUGUGAGCUGCACGGGCGAGAAGCUCCCUCCUGUGGAAAUUUAUAGUUUUGCAGAAGAGCACAGCCCACGCCGGCCUGCAGUUCUCACUGCUCCCGCACUGGUCUCACUGUAUUGAAUUCAGUCCGUUCACUCCUAAUACACUCUAAUGCAGACUGAGAAAAAGAGCCAGAUUUUUAUAUUAAUUUUUAUCUUUAAAUCCCUUCGCCGCCUUAGGCAGAAGUGACUAUUAUUGUAGGCAACAGUCUUGGGUCUCGUGCAAAACCACGUUCUUGCGCCGUUGUGUGUCCCCAGCCAGCCGGCUCAGCGCAGUGCCUGGUGAGGUCAGCAGGCUCCCUGGCUAUCCGCCGCUUCCCUCUGCAAUCUCCAGCCUUCUUAUGACCCUCAGCAAGUCAAAGACAUCUUUGAAGUAAAUGCAUCCAACCACCAUUGAAGUCAUUACCAAACAGGGUCUUAUUUACCUGCAGGGCUGAACUUGGCUGUGCGGGCCCACAUAUAUACCUUGUAGGUAAGCAAUACACACAUAUAUUUUUGUAUGUAUUGCAACCGGAUGGUAGUACUAUAUUUCUUGCACUUAGUGACUUUGUUGUUGUUUUUUGUGUUAGUACAGCUUUUUGAAGUGUAAUGCUUGCAUAUGUGUAUAAGUAUGUUUGAAUGCCUCCAUUCAUACCCAGAGGCAGCUUCUGGGACAUACAGGAACAGGUUCAGUCCCUGGAUAAAACAGCACUGGGGCUGGGGUAGCUCUUGCCAGCUAGAACUUCCUCAGCAGCCUGCUUGACCUUGGUCCCACCCUUCAGUAUCCUGGUAGGAACUCAGUGGCCAUGUCAGCGCUUUUUCAGCUGGAAGCUCCUUCGUCUAAACCACAGCUGCCAUGUGUGGGCAGGUUUUCAUCCUCAGUAAAGACGACGGACUUCUGCGUAGUAUUACUGAAGAAAAACUAAGGUAUACUAGGAUGUUUAAAAGCUGCAGCUCUAACUAGUAAUUCCUUCUUAUUAAUAGCAAUGUGUUUCACAUUGUGGGAGCUACGUAGGCUCUUUACAGAUCUCACCUUUCACGGUUUCUCCGUGCGUUGGGACUGGCUUUCCAAAGGAGAAUUCAGUAUUUUCCAAAAGGCGGACAGGUACUGUCUAAAGCCGAUUUAUGUCCUGAAAGUCCUCUAGAAAAAACAUGAUUAUUCUCAUGAAACAGAAAUUUUACUUAAUACAGCCAAGUAAAUAGUUUCACACUUGAUCACUAGCAAAACUGUAAAUCCGUGUAGUACCUAAUCCUUGUGUUCAGUAGAUGGCAGCAACAGUUCGUUAUUACAGUAUUUAGCUUUCCACAGAUCACAAGCUGUACCCAGGAUACUGACUGAAGAUCAACACACC